UGUUAUCAUCAUGCGUCGUCAACAGAAGUGAAAUUGCCGUUGAGCAAGCAAGAAUGAUUAGUGAAGCUUCUGAUGAAGUGAUUUGAUGUUUUAAUUUUCCCAGUCAAUUUUUAAUUUUUGAGUGAAAAUUUGUCGAAUCAAAAAGUUGUGUGAAUUAAUAAAUAUACCUAAAUAUCUGUUCUGUUAAAUUAAAAAGAUUUCAUGUGAAAAUUAAAUAAAAUAAAUUCUUGAAAUUUACUAUUUGGAAGAGUGCAGAAAAAAUGAAGCUGAUACUUUUCGUAGCAAUUGUAAUGUUUAAAUGCAGUAAAUUGUCAACUGCGCCAACAACGGAAGCUAAUGCAAACAAAAGUAAUAGCGAGAAUGAAUAUCCAUUAAAUCAACUUGCUUACGUACCAAAUCAUCAACCAGGAUUAGCUUAUGUGUCAGACACUGACGAUCUGGGAACAUCAGGUGUUGUUUUUCAGUUCCGAAGAAGUAUAAAGAGUGACAACACACAGAUUGAAGCUCGUCGAAGAAGCGCACUUGAUAAAGGAUUUAUGAGGUUUGGACGAGGUGGUGGAAAUGUUAUUCGAUUCGGAAGGUCUUUGGAAGAUCCGACUUUGGAUUACAGUGAAGAACCACCAAGAGUUCGUAAGAGCGACAAGAACAUCAUGAGAUUUGGCCGAGCUGGCUUCAUGAGAUUUGGAAGAAAUAACUAUGAAGAUAUUGAAGAUCCUGAGGAAUACAACGACGCAAGUGAAGUUGAAGAUUUCAUGCAGCGACCAGUUAUACGAAAAUCUGACAACCGAUACGCUGACCAUGGCAGUAAAGUUCUUCGAUUAGAUCGUAAUUCAGAAUCUUCACGCGAUGAAAGCUUUGAAACUCCAAUUGAUUUGCAACAAAGUGGAGAGAAAAGUGAAGAACGAUCCAAUAACAAUAAGAAAUCAACUGACAAAAAUAUUUUGAGAUUCGGUCGUGGAAAUAUGAUGCGUUUCGGAAGGGCAAAUAUGAUGCGUUUUGGUAAACGUGCAAAUAUGAUGAGAUUUGGCCGAGGUGGUCAAUUUCAACCAAAACUCAUGAACAUUCCAAAGGGUUACUUGCAGCUUCGUUCAACCCGUGCUGGUUCUGACAGAAAUUUAUUACGAUUAGGACGAUCUGGAAACAUCAUGAGAUUUGGUAGAAAUGACAAAAAUGUAAUGAGAUUUGGGAAGCGGAGUGAUCCACAAACAAUGACAUCAAGUACCAAAUUUUAUUGUGAAGAUGAUGAUUGCGUUGUUCAACAAAAUGCAAAUGAUUUUGUGGAUAAUGAAAACGUAAGAAAUGAUCAACUUCAAGAACUUUUCGGUGAUGAAGCAUCGAAACAGGGAUAUGGUGAAUAUGUCAUCGAGAAAUAG